GAUCAGACUUCCAAAAUAGUAGCACUGUAAAGGUAUUCAUAUCUGGAGUCAUUGAAUAUAUUGUCAUACCUGACUUCACAAGGUGUGGUAGAACAUAGUCGCGGUUAGGACCAUGAGUAGCUACUGAUUUAUCGCUUCAGCAUCACACAGCAAGGAUUGUAUUAUUUUCGAUUAAUGAAUGUUUGAUUUGAUUAAUUAUUGGAUCGAUUGCAAACAGUUUGUAGCAGGAUUUUAAAGCGCAGAAGAGGACAGGGAUCCUCUUUUAUCAGGAUGUGGAGCCCAAACCAUUUGAUGGUGCUUUUACUACUGGUGGUGCUAACAACACACACAGUGAAAUCCCAAGAGCCAUGUACCAGAAGCGCUGGCAUCUCGGACCCGAACAUUGCUGGUGCAGUGUAUGAAUCCAGUGUAUUAGAAUUUGACCCGAAUUCCCCUCUCUACAGAACGGACACUACAAUCGAAGGAAUCAAUGGAGGAACUGAUGUUAACUCGGGCGUUACUCUAACUAUCGCCCGUACACAGGCCACACCAAGUUCAGUGAAUUUGAAUGAUCUGAUUGAACUGGUAACAGAGACUGUGUCUGACUCGUCCUUUGGAAGGCGUACUUACAUUCGAUUGAAGAAAGAAAUCGACAGAGAUGGAACUUCAUUCACAGCCGUUGAUGACCUGGACACAAUUGAAUUUGAAAUAUCGUGUGUGUCCCGGAAAAGUCCCACAGAAACCAAGUAUUUCCUUGUGCAACUGGAGAUUAGAGACAUCAACGAUAAUCCGCCCAUCUUUGUUAAUGCUCCGUACACAGCUUCAGUUGAUGAGUCAGCUCCUGUUGGAACCACAGUGUAUUCUGGGAUAUCAGCAACAGAUUUGGAUGCUGGAUCAAACAAAGAGAUAGAAUUUGCCAUAUUUGCUGGAGAUGGUAGUAUUAAUGAUGGUUCCACCAGAUUUCUACUCCCCAUAACAUCACGAGGAGAAAUCGUUGUCAGACAACCAUUAGAUUUUGAGUCUGUUCGGUCAUAUACUCUUACAAUAACUGCAACUGACAAAGCCAGUAAUCCUGCUGACAGAAGACAAGCUACCACCACCAUAACAAUCAGUGUCAAUGAUGUCGAUGAUCUGGGACCCAAGUUUGUGUACACCGGGUGUGUUGAGGUGGACAAUGUCUGUUUUAACCCAACUUAUUCAACUAGUGUGACAUCUGGAUCAACAGGUAGUACACUUGUAUUUAAUCCUGUACCACCAAAUUCUGGUAAUCCAAAUGCUGUUGUGAAUAUUGUGGCAGAGGACAGGGAUACUCUCAAUGCACCUAUCAACUUUGCUAUACAACAAACUCUUCCAACUGGCUACCAGAAUAGGUUCCAGGUUACCACUCAACAAGUGUCAGGUUCAGCUAACCAGUACCAAGCUAUUGUAACCCAGACCAGUCCCUUGGAUAGAUCCCAGGUUCCUGAGCUCGAACUCUUCAUUGAGGCUCGAGAAACUCUGACUAACAGAUAUUCCAACAGAGCGACAAUAAAGAUGACUAUUGCUGCAGCCAAUAACAAUAACCCAGUGCUCACUGUGCCAUUCCAAGGAUUCAUCUAUGAAAAUUCUCCCGUAGGAACAAUACCAAGGAAUAGUGACGGAUCUAAUCUGUUGAAAAUCUCGGUCACUGAUCCAGAUCUGAUAUCUGGUGAGAUUGGAACAUACACCUACACAGUUAGUGGAACGUCGCUGUUUCGAGUUAACAGUGAAGGAUACGUGGAAGCUGCAGCAUCUAUUAACUAUGAAACUAAUCCUGUUGUCACUUUUACGGUGACAGGAACUGAAGUAGGAACACAAAACCCAAGAAGUGGAAGUGUACAAGUCACUGUCAAUGUCAGAGAUCUGAAUGACAAUUCUCCUGUGUUUGAGGCACCAAGGUAUACUGACACAAUUGUUGAAGGAGACUACACUACCAGCAACCAAGUUCUUUUGGAUGUCAAAGCUACAGAUGACGAUAGUGGUGCCUUUGGUGAUAUUGCAUAUACCAUACAAAGUGUUUCAAACAAUGGGGCUUCCAAGUUCACCAUUCAGCCAAGCUCACAACAAGGACAGGCCACAAUCAGCUGUGUGGGGGCUGUUGCAGAAGGGGAAAUCUAUGUCAUUAUGGUCCAAGCAACAGACCAAGGACAGCCUAUUGCAGAAAGAAGGAGUACCUCAGUACCUGUAGAAGUGACCGUGACCCCAUUGGGAACACGUCCUCCUGUCAUUGAUGCUGCCGCCUUUACAAUCUCUGUCAGUGAGGCAGUACCAAUAGGCUCUUCUUUGUGGACAGUUCCAGCCAGAGAUCCAGAGGGCCUACCUCUAACCUUUACAAUAACUGCUGGAAAUGUUAACAGUGAUUUCAUAAUCAAUUCAACAACAGGUGAACUAAGAACAGCAAGACGUUUGAAUAGGGAAGGAACACCUCAAUAUACGCUAAAUAUUCAAGUUCAGGAUCAAUCAGGAUUGACUGCACAGACAACACUUACAAUUAUUGUACAAGAUGUCAACGAUAACAACCCUGUUUUUACACCAACAUCCUACACGUUUAGUGUGUUUGAGGGCAGAACAAAUGAACCUGUAGGAACUGUUACGGCAACAGAUUCAGACACAGGAGCUAAUGCCCUUGUAAAUUAUCAGAUAUCACCAUAUUCAUCAACUGACUCUGCAAAUUUAUUUUUCAUAACUUCGACUGGAGCCAUCACAACAGCGACGGCAUUGGACUAUGAAGUUAAGCAAAGACACGUCAUUCUGGUGCUGGGCACCGAUGGAGGUUUUAGCAGCAGGACAGGAACAGCCACCGUCACCAUCAAUGUUCAGGAUGUGCAGGACGUGAUUCCUUUGUUUACAGAGACCAACAUAGAACGCUCUAUUCCAGAGAGACAGCCAACUGGGACAUCUGUGGCUCAAGUCUUGGCCAUAGAUCAGGACACAGUUGAUAGCAUCACUUACAAAUUCAGUACAGGAGAUUUCACUGUUUUCAAUAUAAACUCAAACAGUGGCGUUAUUACAAACAACCAGCUUCUGCAAUAUGAGACAAGGAGCCGCUACGUGUUCACAGUGACAACAGCCGAGGGAGAGUCAUCUAAUGCUCUCUCUGCAACAGCAACAGUCACUAUCAACAUACAGGACAUCAACAAUUACCCUCCAGUGAUUCAGGCUGUGCCAUCCAAUUUGCAAUUCCUGGAGAACAUCCCGGUGGGAACGGAGCUUUUGUCCAGUAUCACUGUGACAGAUGCUGAUGCUCAGAAUACUGCCAACAGUCGGGUAACAUUCAGAAUUACCUCGGUAACUUCUAGUGCAACAGUUCAAAACCCGAACUUACAACAGUGGUUCUACAUCAACCCUGAAACUGGAAAAAUAACCCUUGCGAGGUCAUUUCAACAAGAUCCAGGGGUUACCAGUUACAAUAUUAAUGUCAACGUACAAGAUGGCGGAGUGCCACCUUUAUCUGCCUCCACCACAGUUACAAUUACAGUGAUCAGAAACACUGCUCCAUUUUUCCCUGCUCCCAAAACAACCACAGUCACCAUUCCUAACACCCGAAACAGUGGCUCUGAAGUCAUCACCUACACCGCUACAGACAAUGAUGCCAGGCCUGAGUUUAACCAGGUGACCUACUCCAUGGUAACUGACACAACAGCAGCCUCCCUGUUCAGACUGGAACCAACAAGUGGUAGGAUCACUCUGGUCAGCAGCCUUACAGCUGAUGAUGCCCCGCGGUAUCUGUUGACAAUCACAGCAACAGACAAUGGUGGUUUGUCGGACACAGGAACAGUGACUGUGAGUGUGGACCGCAAUCUGAACGACCCUCAGUGGUUCCCUACUGGAGGACCUUAUAGCGCCACAGUCAAUGUGACCGAAAAUAGACCAGUCUUAGAGACGGUGUACACCCUGUCUACACAAGACUUGGAUGUUCAGGAACCAUUCAACACCAGGAUCUAUAGUAUUUUAUCAACCAGCAGUGCUGCCCAACAUUUUCAAAUUUCAAGUCAGGGAAAUGUUCAGAUUAUCAGAUCACUGGCCAUUGACCGUACCGUCAACCAGUAUGUGCUGACCAUACAGCUAAGGGAUGGUGGAAAUAAAGUGGCUGCCCAGCAGUUUACAUUGACUGUGAAUGUCAUCAGAAAUACAAACCCACCAGUCUUCUUUGACACUUCUUAUUACCAAGAAAUCGAAGAAACACUUGCUGUGGGGACCAGUAUUUUACGAGUGCAGGCCAGUGAUCAAGAUCCAGAGCUUCAGUUCAGGACCAUAACUUACACACUGUUAGCCAACACUGCUGGAAACAAUCUGUUUUCGAUGGAGCAAGGAACUGGUAUUAUCAGAGUGAAGAGUGCAUUAACUGGCGAUCCUACUGUAACAUUUAAUAUGGUGGCAGUUGCUACAGAUGGUGGCAGCCCAUCCCAAUCAGCCAACGCAAUGGUAACAAUCAAAGUCAAUCGCAAUCGCAACACUCCAGUGUGGAAUUCUCUUAAUUACCAGGCCACCAUUUUAGAAACCCAGACUGUGGCGUUACCUUUAACCCUGAGUCCCACAGGUCUCUCUGCUUCAGACAGUGAUGCUCAACCACCCAACAAUGUGGUCAAUUACCGCUUGACAGCUGUUGUUGCCAGGAGUGGGUCUACUGUCUAUGCCAAUGAGCAAGGCAACUUUGCUGUCAGUAACACUGGGCAGGUGACAGUGAGAAGUCCUUUAAAUGGGCUCACUGCCACGGAGUAUUUGCUGUAUGUGGAAGCUUAUGAUUUGGGAGAUCCCUCCAGAGUUAGUUCUAGUAACGCUACUGUCACCAUCAAUGUACAAAGGAAUAGAGCACCUGUUUUUGUGCAAACAUCUUAUACCUUCGAUAUGAAUGAAGUUGCAACUGUUAAUCCUCAGACUGUAGUCGGACAAGUUCUGGCCAAUGACCCAGAUAAUGGAAUCCCAGAGUUUAAUACACUUUCUUAUGCCAUUGAAAAUAUUGGUAUCGGAUCGCCAAAUGCCUAUCUUGCUAUAGAUUCCAAUGGUCGCAUUACCUUGCAAAAUAUUGUUAGUGGUAUACAGGACAAAGAAUUCAGGUUUUUGGUUCGUGUCUCAGACAAUGGAGUACCUUCAUUAACUGAUGAGGCUGUGGUCACUGUAAACAUCAAAAGAAACUUGUGGACCCCUGCCUUCAAUCCACUGAAUUAUGCUGUCACUAUUCAGGAAACACUUCCGGUGGGAGCAGAAAUUGGAGUAACUGUUGCAGCAACAGAUCAAGAUUUAAGUGCACCAAAUAAUCAAGUCGUGUAUUCAGCUAAUGGAGACCAGAGUGCCAUUCAGUACUUUGAUAUAGAUGAGACAUCUGGGAAAGUCUUGGUUAAACAACCUUUGUAUACAGGGACUUCUUCUCAAUACAUUCUGACUGUUAGAGUAGCUGAUAGAGCAACACCACCGCUGGAAUCUCAGCAAACCGCCUCGGUGACCAUUACUGUCGAGCGAAACCAGUUUCCUCCAGUUUUCCGGAAUCUGCCCACAACUCGAUCUCUUCCUCGCACUGCAGGAUUUGGUUUCAGUGUCUACACUGUCUUUGCUAAUGAUAGCGAUAUUAGGUCUCCUUUUAAUGUUGUCUCCUACUCCCUUGUGUCAGGAACAAACCAGUUCCAAAUUGAUCAAACAACAGGCCAGAUAACUUUACGGACAAACUCUCUCACACAAGCGGAGUAUGUUUUGACUGUUGAAGCCAGAGAUGGAGCAGACAUUCCAAGGAGAAGCUACUCCACACUGACUCUCACAGUAGACAGUAACUUGGAGAAACCUGUGUGGGCCAACCCUGGAGCAUCCUCGUCAUACGAAGCCACUGCCACAAUAUACGAGACACAUGAUUAUGUUACAUCUGUGUUUUCAUUCUUAGCUAAUGAUUUAGACAGUGUGAGCCCAUACAACACAGUCCGAUAUGUUGUGGAAGGGAAUGGAAAUGCCCCAAAUUUCUUCACUGUGGCUGACAAUGGACAAACAUUCCUCAAAACAUCUCUGCUGCAAAGAACAGAAAUCCAGUUCGUGUUGUUGGUGAGAGCAGAGGAUGGAGGAAACCCCCCUCGUCAGGCAGACAACAAAGCAAGACUUACCAUAAAUGUCAUAAGAAACAACAAUGCUCCACAAUGGCAGAACCCCAUGACAACAACUCUGGUCUCCCAACAAGCAGGAGUCGGCCAGACCGUGGGAAAUGCACUGUUAGCCACAGAUUCUGACACUUUCUUUAACGUUGUGAGAUACGAGAUCAUUGGAGAUGGGGAUUCCACUGCCUUCUUUACAAUCGCCAACCCAGCUAAUGGGCAGAUCACUGUGGCUAACUCUCUGGCAUCAUCCUCUGACCUAGUGUAUUAUAUCCGAGUACGAGCCUAUGACAAUGGUGUGCCAGCAAAGGACAAUGUGACUGUAGUCACUGUGACGGUAGAGAGGAACAACUUUGCACCAGAGAUUACCUCCCCUACUGUUAGUGAAAGAAUUCCAGAAACUCAGGAUCUGGGUGUAACUAUAGCAACAGUUACAGCUACAGACAGGGACACCCAGUCACCUCACAAUGUGAUCAGAUUCCAGAUGUUUGCUUCAACGCCAGCCUCAGAUUACUUUGGAAUUGACAGCCAGAAUGGAAACAUCUUUGUCAAGAGAGACCUGACUUUAGAUACUUCGAACAGAUAUCUGAUGUAUGUACAAGCCUAUGAUAUGGGAUCUCCCUCCAAGACAUCAGCUACCAAUGCCACAGUGACAAUAGAUAUAUACAGGAACUUACGAGACCCCUUCUUCAGUGGGGGACCAUUUGCUGCCACCAUUCCUGAGACUUCUGUCAUUGGAACUUCUGUACUACAAAUCAACUUUGGUGACAGUGACACUGACGCACCAUUCAACACAGUGACUGUAUCUGCCAUUGGAGAUGACAAAGCCCUGACUUAUUUCAGUCUGGAUAUUAAUAACCGAAUUGUUGUGAAGAGUGAUCUGAAAGCAGACUCGGACACUCAAUAUCUGAUGAGAAUUUUGGCUCAAGAUGGUGGAUCACCUCCAAGAACAGCAACCACGGUAGCUUCCAUAACAGUGCAGCGCAACAUCAAUAGUCCAGUAUUUGAGAGACAGUCUUAUAAUGAGACAAUUCUGGAAACACGACAACUUGGUCUUUCAUUCCUGCAAGUAAAAGCAACAGAUGGAGAUACAAGGGCACCAUACAAUGAAGUUCGAUACUUUAUGAGCACAGAUGCAGGAAGUACUUUGGGAGCCCAGUAUUUCAUGGUGGAUGAUGUCACUGGAGACAUCAGUCUUCGCCAGUCUCCCAUGCUGGAUAAUGCUAGAACUGUUGAUUACACUUUUACUGUGAAUGCUGUAGACAGAGGUGGUCGCUCGGCAACAAUACCUGCUAGCGUUCGAGUGACAGUGAUUCGAAACACCAACGCUCCAGUCUUUAUCAAUCUGCCCAAUGCCAAUCAGAUCAACCAUAAUACCUCAAUAGGAACCCAAGUCUUCCCAGUGUCGGCUAGAGAUCCAGAUCCUGGUGUGUUUGGACAGCUCACAUACAGUCUUACAGGGGAUGGAGAAUCCCCCAGUGUAUUCGACAUCAACCCAACCUCAGGGGCCAUAACUCUGCAGCAGUCACUGUUCUCUCAAACUUCUACCCUUUAUACGUUGAGAGUACGUGUCCAGGAUGGGGGCAGUCCCAGGAAGGAAGCUAUGAACACCCUGACAUUGACUGUUCAACGAAAUUUUGAAACUCCCCGCUUUGUCUCAAACAGUUAUACAUUCACAAUCAAGGAAAAUGAACCAAUCGGAUUUAGUGUUGGACAAAUAGUUGCGACAGAUGCUGACUCAGCUCCACCAAACAAUUUGGUAGAGUACUACUUUGUAGGGUCAACACCAUCACAGAGGUUUUUAAUUGAUUCUAGGACGGGAAUUAUUACCAUUAGAAAGGACCUGACCACAGAGGAAACCCCAUCUUCUUAUAGUUUCCGGGUUCAAGCAAGAGAUUCGGGUUCACCACAGAGACUUAGUCAGGAAAUCCCACUGACCAUUAAUGUUCAACGAAAUGACUAUGACCCAUUGUUUGGCAACUUGCCAUUCAGUGUGACAAUACCAGCAAAUGCUAAUCAAUUUUCAACUGUUUACACUGUAAACUCAACUGAUGCAGACACUGUGCUUGAUUUCCAACGCCGAGAAUAUGAUAUCAUAGGAGAUGAUGCUGCCACAAGUUUGUUUGCUGUGGACCCAACAGCUGGUAGAAUAACAAUAAGUUCUCUGCUGACUUCAGAUCCAGCUGUACAAUAUAGGGUUAGAGUGCGUGUAAGAGACUUCGGAACUCCUAGACGCUCAUCAACAAGCCUGCUUCUAGUCAAUGUGACCAGAAAUCUGAAUGCUCCACAAUUCAAUCCAACUCAAUACAAUGCCACUAUCUUAGAAACCCAGCCCUUGGGGUCCAGCAUACAACAAGUGUCCUCUAGCGACCUUGACACAACGGCACCAAAUAAUGUACCUACGUAUACAUUGAGUGGAAAUGCUUUAGCACUCCAGUACUUCCAAGUCAAUCCAAGUACAGGAGUCGUCUCCCUUUAUAAAGAUCUACGAGACGAUACAGCAACUUCUUAUACUCUCACGGUGACUGUAGCUGACAAUGGUUCCCCAUCACUUGCUGGAACAAACACGGCCACAGUGACAGUGCAGGUCAACAGGAAUCUACAGCCCCCACGCUUUAUCAAUGCUCCCUACAGUUCCACCAUUACAAGGCUUGUUACAGACAACACUCCUUUGCCUGGAGUGACAGUUUCUACGGCUGAUGAUGAUACUGUGAGUCCAUUUAGAGAUGUUACAGUGAGCGUGAUUGGGGACGAUUCAGCAGCGAGCCUGUUUGAGUUAGUGGGAUCAAGUGUUCGUGUUCGAAAUGCAGCAAAUUUAGCAGCAGACACAGCUAACACAUACAAGCUUCGGCUGUUGGCAGAGGAUGGAGGUUCUCCAAAGAAAACUGCUACUACAACCAUAGAUAUCACUGUGAGAAGAAAUAUGGUGCCCCCACAGUUUAACCCUACAGCAUAUAACGCAACAAUCCUGGAGAACUACCCUGUCGGAAGUGAAAUUGUGAUGGUGUCUGCCACAGACUCAGACCCACAGCCCCCAAACAACCAGUUUAAAUACAGUAUAACUGGUGAUACAACUGCUAUGACCUACUUCUACAUCAAUCCAGACUCGGGGCGCAUUUCUCUCAAACAGUCCAUCAAAGGAACUGGAGUUAACCAAUUCAGAUUACAAGUGACCGCUACAGACGAAGGAACGCCAUCUUUGAGCGGACAAGCCAUUGUGACUGUGGAUGUAACCAUUGACGACACACUGAGGUUCACACAACUCCAACCAUACACUGCCAGCAUUGAUGAGAAUGACCCUGUAGAUAGAGGGUUUAUUACAGUUAUAGCCACACCCCAGCCGAAUAUCAAAUACUCCAUUGUUGGCUUCAGUGAUAGUCCUGAUUACUUUAAAAUUGAUGAGACCACAGGUGUUAUAUCUGUAAAAACUGAUCUUCGAAGUGACCUAUCCAAGAGAACUACAUAUUUGAUUCAAGUAAGAGCAGAAAAACAGUUUCCUAAUGGACUUCAAUCUGUAGAGAAUCUGGUCAAUGUUACGGUUCUCAGAAACAUCAAUGCACCUGUGUUCAACUCCACUCAGUACCAAGCAAACAUCAAUGAAAAGUAUGGCCUUGGACAGUCAGUGGUGCAGGUGUUUGCCACAGAUCUUGAUACUCAGGAUGUUCUCCUCUACUCCAUCAUUGAUCAGGCUGGGGAGACGGAACCAUUUUACAUGGCUCCUAGCACAGGAAUUAUCACCUUAAAGCAGCUACUGACCGGCACAACUAAAACAAGAUAUGCAUUUACGGUGCAAGUUCGGGAUCAGUCCAAACCAGAGAAAUUUGGGCAGUCAACAGUAGUCAUCAACGUGAGAAGGAACAGCCAGUCUCCUGUCUUUGAAAGAACACCUUAUGGUGCACCCAUUAACUACAACCAGGCUCCAGGACCUGUGUAUACUACCUCUGCUAGAGAUCCUGACUUAACGGGUACCUUGACGUAUGAAGUAAUUGGAUACUUCUCCGCUCCCGGUUACUUCACUGUCAAUUCCAAUGGAGAGGUUGUUCUGCUGUCUAGUUUAGCCAGUGAUACAGCUCAAUCUUACACGCUUGGUUUGGCGGCUUAUGAUAGUGAUUAUCCCAAUGAUAAGGCGUAUGCAAAUGUUACAAUCACUGUCAACCGUAACCCCAAUGCUCCAGAUUUCACUAACCCAUCCUACAGUAUAACUGUCAAUGAAAGUUACCCUCUGGCAGUUAGUCUGCUACAAGUCUCAGGCCAGGAUGCAGAUCAGCAUGUUGUUGAGUACAUUCUGGAAUCCAGCAAUCCUAUAGAUGGCACUCAGUUCUUUUAUUUGAACCCAUCCACUGGUGUACUGACUGUGUCCAGACCUCUCACUGAGACAGGGACACAGACUUUCACUCUUCAAGUUCGUUUGAGGGAUAAUGGAAUUCCUGCGAGAUCAUCUGCAACAACUGCCCCAGUAACUAUAUUUAUCACAAGGAAUAACAACGGUCCUAUAUUUGCUGGCACUUUUACCGCAAGUAUAAAUGAGACAACACCAACAAACACAGCUGUGCUCACAGUGGCAGCUACUGAUAGUGAUCCUAAUACAUCACCCUAUGGACAACUGAGAUAUCGUGUAAUAGGAGAUGGAGAUUUCACUCAAUUCUUCGAUAUCAAUCCAACAACAGGAAGUAUAUCAGUUCAACGCCCAUUAACCUCCCAAGACGUUGCUCUUUAUCAGGGAAGAAUUGUGGCAGAGGAUGGAGGCUCCCCUCCCAGAUCAGCUACUGCCACUGCUAUUAUCAACAUCCUGAGGAACCUGAAUGACCCGGUCUUCAAUCCCAAAUCUUACACAGCCACUAUUUAUGAAACUCAUCAAGUUGGAGAUGAUAUUGUUACUGUAACAGCCACUGAUGCAGACCAAAUUCGACCAAAUAAUGAAAUAAUCUUUGAGAUGUCUGAUACCACACCCAAUCUGAAUAAUGCAGGCUUAAACUACUUCAGUAUCCGCACAGAGAACAACAGAGGCUUGAUCUCCGUCACUCUACCUCUAUACAUAGACAAUCUGAACACUGCAGUCUACACGUUCUCUGUCCGGGCUCGUGACAAUGGAAGUCCUACUCGGUUCUCUGUGGAUGCGGCAACAGUGACCAUCACUGUGUACAGAAACUUGUUCCCCCCAGUAUUCCAAGGUGAACCUUACACUGCGUCUCUGAACUUCAACAGUCCAAGUGGGUCUACAGUGCGACAAGUCAACGCCACAGAUAAUGAUGCGCAGAGUCCACAUAACACUGUGACCUAUUCCAUUAUUGGAGAUGGCACAGCACAGACAUUGUUCAGUAUCAACCCUGCUACCGGUUUGAUCACCACUAGGCAAAGUCUGCAGAAUAAUAAUGUGGAACGAUCCUCGAUUUUGGUCAUGGCCAGAGAUGGAGGCACACCCAGUCUAACUGCUACAUCCACAGUAUCAGUGACAAUAGCCAGAAACCUUAACGCUCCUGUGUGGACCAUUUCCACUUACAGUGUAAAUAUUACAGAGACCCAAGACUUGGGAACCCCCAUUGCCGCCUUGAGUACGAGAGAUGAUGAUGUAGAGGCUCCUUACAACACAAGGAUCACAACUUUAACUGGAGAUACAAACAUGAUGCAAUUUUUCUCACUGUCUGAGAAUGGACAAUUGUCGGUUAAGAAACAAUUGACAAGUACUAAUAUCAGAACAUUUACGGGAACUGUCUCUCUAAGAGAUGGUGGUAAUCCUCCAUUGACCCCAACAGGAGUAGAAACGGCCACCAUUACUGUGUAUGUGACCAAAAAUGACCACACCCCAUACUUCAUCAAUGAACCUUACUCUAAGGAUCUGGAGGGCACCAUCCAACUAGGUGCAAGUGUUUUCCAGGUCACAGCCAGAGACGAUGACCGUGGGCUCUUUGGUUUGGUUCGGUAUAGAAUCACUGGAGAUGACUUGGCUCCAAAUUAUUUCCAAAUAGUGGACAGUGGUUUGAUCUCCAUCAAAAAUGUGUUGAGCGGUGUGAAUCAAAAUCAAUUCAAGGUGAGAGUGGAGGCCUAUGAUGGAGGAAGUCCCAGCAAAACCAAUGUUUCUGUGGUGACUUUAACGGUGAAAAGCAACUAUCAGCGACCUAUCUUCAACUUGCCAUCAUACUUUGCACGUAUCCCAGAAACACAGAGUCUGGGUCAACGAAUCAUUGCAGUCACCGCAAAUGAUAGUGAUGCACUGGCACCAAACAAUGUUGUGAGGUACUCUCUGACAGAAGGAGCUGAUGACAUUGAGUGUUUCCUGAUAGAUGCCCAAACAGGCAGCCUGUCUUUGAGGCGAUCCCUUCUCUAUGCUCCUUGCACUGGCAGUAGAUACCAGAUGACGGUCACUGCCACGGAUCUAGGUUUGAAUCCUCUCUCCAACACUAUAACUGUUACUGUGGAUGUUGAUCGCAAUGCCAAUCCUCCUGUCUUCCAGAACAUCCCAGCAAUUGCACCAAUCAAUGAAAAUCAACCAACAAGUCAAGGCUUUUUCACUGUCAGAGCUACAGAUGCUGACACAGUGAGUCCAUUCGGAGAUAUCACAUAUUCCUUGGUUGGUGAUGGAACAGCAACCAUUUAUUUCCAAGUAGAUUCUUCCACUGGUGUAGUGAGUCUUAAACAGAGCAUCCAACCUGAUACAGCUUCUACAUACAGGCUAACAUUCAGGGCUACCGAUGGAGGCAACCCUCCUAAGUAUGAUGAGAAAAUUCUAACCGUCAGCGUCAAUAGGAAUCUCCUUGCUCCUGAGUUUGUGCAACAGAUCUAUGAGGUUACAAUCUGGGAAAUUCAGGCCUUGGAUACUGUAAUACAAGAAGUUUCUGCACGUGACAAUGACACCAAAGCUCCCCACAACGAAGUAACUUAUGAAAUAGUUGGUGAUGCACUUGCUCAGACUUACUUCAGAAUUGACAACGAAGGAAGGAUUUAUGUCAGGAGGCCUCUUACUGAUGACAAUGCUGACACAGGACUCUACACUGUAUCUGUACGAGCCAAUGAUAAAGGAACUCCUCAAAGAUCCAGCAGCACUUUGGCCACAGUGAGAGUGAAUGUUUUAAGAAACAGGAACUGUCCAACAUUUGCAUCUUCUGUUGUCGACAUUCCCAUUGACCAGUCUUCAGUCAGCAGGGUUAUUUAUGAUGCCAAUGCCACUGAUCCAGAUGCAGCAAAUACUCCAUUCAGUACAGUCAGAUACAGUCUCAUUGGAGAUGAAAAUGCCCAAGUAUUCUUUAGAGUUAAUGACCAAACUGGGCAAGUUUCCACAAAUGAGCCCUCAUUGUUCUCAGAUCAGGGAACCAUUUACCAGUUGAGAGUGAGAGCCGAGGAUGCAGUAAAUACAGUCACAAGUUGCUCGGGAACCCUUGUGCUCCGUGUCUCUGUUAACAGAAACUUGAAUUCCCCACAGUGGAUAAAUGUGAACACAGCCAAUAACUAUGUCGCAACAAUAUCAGAAACCCACAGUGUCUCCCUAUCUGUGUACAGAAUUCAGGCAGUAGAUGCUGAUGACAAGGUGCCAAACAAUGUUGUCACCUAUGCUAUGACAGCAAAUUCCCCUAACAGGAACUUGUUCUUUGUUGAUGUGGAUGGCUUUGUUUAUCUGAGAAACAGCCUUGUGGGAAUUACAGGGGACCCAUUCACGGUAAGGUUUGUCGCAACUGAUGGAGGUAAUCCUGCUAGAACCAGUCCCGAGGCAACGCUUACAGUAAACGUGAAUCGUAACCAGUUCCCACCAGAAAUUCUGAAUCUUCCUGCAGAGAAAGAAAUCCAAGAAAAUCAACUCGUCAAUGAGGAAAUUUACAGGGUCAAUGGCAGGGACAAUGAUACUUUUGCUCCAUUCAACGCCUAUUCCUUUGAACUUGUGGGAGAUGGCUCGUCAACGACGUUCUUCCGAGUUUCAUCAGAUGGUGCAGUAACAUUGCGACAGUCUAUCUCAUCAGACCCUUCCACCACAUUCCAGCUGCGUGUCCGCGUACAAGAUGGAGGUACUCCUCGAAAACAAGACGAGGGGCUUCUAACAAUCAAAGUGAACAAAAACCUUUUCAGUCCUGUGAUGACUACCGGCCAAUACAGCCGACGAAUCCUGGAAACCCAGACUGUUUCUCUGCCCCUGGUCACUGUCCUAGCCACCGAUGGAGAUCAGUUUACACCCAACAACCAGCUGAGGUAUUUCAUAGUGGGUUCCAACACAACUAUAACUGAUUUCUUCAUGGUGAAUGAGGACUCCGGUGCUGUUAUGUUAAGGAGAUCCAUGCUUGAUUAUCCAAACACAGCUACAACGCUUACAGUCAAUUUCCAAGUCAGUGCAGAAGAUAAAGGAAGUGUACCCAAACAAGCCAACAACCCCCAACUAGUGUCCAUCACUGUGGUCAGAAACACAGCCCCAUUCUUUGAGAAUACAUUCACUUACAAUGCUGAGGUUCAACAGUUUGAACCUGGAGGUGCCUCAGUAUUCAAACCUAUAGGAAGAGAUGCCGACAGUGAUAGUCCAUUCAAUGUUUUGACCUACUCUCUGAUUGGUGAUGAUGCUGCUACAACCGUGUUCCAAAUCAAUCCAAACACUGGAGUUAUCUCUACUAGACCAACAACAAAUCUGACUCAAACUAUUGGCAACUUUGUGGCUCGUGUACAAGUGACAGAUGGUGGGUCGCCUCCCUUGUCGGACACAGCCACGGUACAGAUCACCGUCCAAAGGAACAGGGAAAAUCCUCGUUUCCUUCAUGCUGUGGAUCUCACCAGAAACAUCCCAGAAACUCUGCCAGUAGGAUCAGAAAUCAUUGACCUGAAUGCCACCGAUGAUGAUUUCUUUGUUCCAAAUAAUGUAAUCUCAUACGUGAUAACUGGGGGUGAUGGAAAUCCACUGGAGUAUUUCUUCAUACAUCCCAGCACUGGUGUUAUUGUGCUCCUGAAAUCGGUUAAAUCAAUAUCCACCAGUAAUUUCAGGUUGAGUGUCGAAGCCAGGGAUCAGGGAGCACCUAUGCGCUUGGCCACUGCCACGGUCCGUAUCAAUGUUCUACGAGACACAGGGGUGUUAGCAUUCAGUGCUAAUAACUACAAUGUGACAAUCAGUGAGAAUAAACCAGUAGGAGACUCUGUUACCAACACAGUCGCCUCACCAGGGACUAGCAUUGAGUAUUCCUUGCUGGGUGUUUCAAGUGGACCAGAUUACUUCAGUGUCAAUGCAGCCACAGGACUAGUCACUGUCAGACAGCAGCUCACCAUUGAUCCUGCCAGGCUUACCUUCUACCAGCUGCGUGUACAAGCCAUUAAUAGGGGAGUAGCAACGCAAACUGCAACUGCCAUGGUCAACAUUGGUGUCACUCGUAAUGAAAAUGGUCCUGUGUUUAGACCCAGUAAUACAUACACCACCACUGUUGAGGACACGAUUCCUUUGGGUUCCAAUGUUACUCUUCUGAGUGCAACAGAUGCUGAUAGAGAUCAACUGAACUACAGAAUACUGAGCGGGUCGCCAUACAUCGACCUGUUCUAUCUCAACCCUGUUACUGGACAGAUCACUCUAAAGAACGUCUUAGAAGGAAGAGCAGAAAACCAAUAUACGUUCCAAGUUCAAGUUAGUGACCAGAGAACUCCUGAGCGCACAGCUGAUGCUACUGUAAUUGUCAACGUUAUCAAAGACCGGUUCGCUCCACAGUUUAUCCGCACCCCAUACCGCUCAGCAACCACAGAGAACACCCCAGAUGGCGCUAUCAUCUUCAGCACAGAAGCUAUUGAUCAAGAUCUGAGAGGGAGAAUUGAGUACACUGUCAUUGGUGACAAUGCAGCCCCAGCCUUCUUUGGAGUGAUUCCAGACAGAGGGAACAUUACCAUCAUUAAUCAAGCUCUUCUGAGGAAAGAUGUGGGAACCAGCUACACGCUUCGACUUACCGCCCACGACACACAGUAUCCCAACAACAGAGCCAAUGCCACUGUGACCAUCCAGGUGACAAGGAAUCUGAACUCACCUGUAUUUUCUCCACCAAGUUACAGUAGAACCAUACUGGACACUGUUCCUCUGGGAUAUCAAGUGGUUCAAGUGAAUGCUACUGAUGGAGACAAUGAUCCAAUCCGAUACAGCAUCAUAGGAGACACCAGAGCCCAGACUUACUACUACAUCAACCCAGAAACAGGCUGGAUCACUGUAAAGCAACUCCUGACCACUGGAAACUGGCUUCAGGAUCAGAUUUCGGUCCAGGCCUGUGAUUUGAGAGACCCUCAGAACUGUGUUUCGACAUUUGCCAUAAUAACAAUUGAUCGAAAUGAACAAUCUCCAUUCUUCAUAAAUACUCCAUAUUCAGAAAGUUUGGGACAAGGCAGAACAGCCUCAGAGACUGUGAUCUUCACUGUCACUGCUAGAGAUCCAGACUUGAACCCAAGUACAGGAAGCCUCAGAUAUGAAACAAUUGGCAACUAUCCAGCUCCUUCAUUCUUCUCCUUGAAUACAACCACAGGAGAAAUCAAGGUUGCCCGUGGUCUAAUGGAGGAUGGUCUACAGAGAUCCCAGUAUAACCUGGUGGUGAUUGCCUAUGAUACCCAGUAUCCAGCAGACAGAGCAACAGCUACAGUCACUUUCAAUGUCAACCGCAACCCUAAUUCACCUGUCUUUACACAGUCAGGCAGCUAUCUUGUUACUGUUCCAGAGAGUUUACCUUUAGGCAGCAAUGUUACACAGGUCCUAGCAUUAGAUGCUGAUAAUGAUGUAGUCAGCUACUUCAUCAGCCAAACAGGGAAUACAGGACAAGAGGAUCUGGAUUUCUUCUAUCUGAAUGCAGAGACAGGAGUGAUCACUCUCAAGUCUCUUCUCACCUCGACCAUAUUGAAUUCAUUCAUGUUUGAUGUGGUAGCUAGAGAUCCAAGUGGAAAGACUGGCAAUGCUGUUGUCACUGUCACUGUUACACGAGAUCAACCUCCAGUCUUUGUGUCCACCCCUUACAGAACAUCUGUUGUUGAGAAUCGGCAAAUCAAUUCAAAGAUCUUCACAGUCGCUGCUAAUGAUCCUGAUAGAAAGGGUCAAAUUGUGUAUGGAGUGGUAGGGUCUCUUAAUGCCCCCUUCUACUUUGGAGUGGAUAAUUCCAGUGGGGAAGUUGCCGUCAUCAACGACUUGAAAACUGACAUUAGACAGCAAUAUGAUCUUGUUGUAACAGCAUAUGACAGUGGUUCCCCAGGAAAGACCGCUACUGCUACUUUAACAUUAACUGUUGUCAAAAACCCCUCCGUACCAGAAAUCACAUCUGGUCCCCACAGAGUCACAAUAUGGGAGGACAGAGCUCCAGGAUCUAAUAUAUUGAACAUCACAGCAAGGGAUAAUGAUAGAGAUACCUUAAGAUACGAGUUGUUGAGUGAUGGCACAGCAGAAUCUAUCAGAGCUUUGAUGUACUUCACAAUUGACCCCAACACUGGCCUGGUCUAUGUAGCAAGAACAUUGAUGGAUGAUCCAACAAGGGCUGUCUUGUACAAGAUGAAAGUUCGGGUGAGAGACCAGCAGUACUAUGAGAAACAGACAGAAGCUGAUGUUGAGAUCACUGUACUUAGAAAUCAACAAUCUCCAUUCUUUUUGGGUACCUAUGCCAGGGAAAUACCAGAAAAUACACCAAUGUUGACUUCUAUUCUUCAAGUUACUGCCCGAGACAAUGACAUGAGGCCAAUAAGUUCUCUUCGCUAUGAGGCUACAGGAUUUGGCUCAGCACCUUACUUUUUCUACCUGUCACCUACAAAUGGAUCUAUAUACGUACAGAAUGACCUGCGAUCUGAAAAGAAUGUCUUCACAUACAUUCUUCAUGUUCAAGCGUAUGAUGUGGCAUAUCCCUUAGACAGAGCUGUAACAAAUGUGACCAUUACCAUCAGACGCAAUGAAAAUGCACCACAGUUUGACCAAUUCCAGUACUCUGCCAACAUCAGUGAAAACACUGCUAGAAAUGUAGUGGUUCUACGUCUCAAUGCCACAGACAGGGAUGUUGGGGACAGAAUUACUUAUGCAUACGAUCGUGUCACUCCAACUCUUUUCUCCCGGCUGUUCUUCUUGAGUCCAACUACAGGAUUCAUCACAGUCAGUGAUGACUUGACCACCGACAACCAACUUUCAUACACAGCCACGAUUUUUGCUAGUGACAACAGCAACCCAGAAAAGAUCACAUCAGUAGGAGUCGCCAUUAAUGUCUACAGAGAUCGAUCAACACCACAGUUCUCUCUUGGCAACCAGUCUGUCACAGUGUCUGAAAAUGCUGCCAUUGGGACCUCUGUGGCCCGCCUGACUGCAACUGAUAAUGACAAAGUGGCAAUCAUCACCUAUGAAGUAGAUGGGAUUUACCCUGCUCCUAGUUUGUUUGCAAUUCAUCCAACAUCUGGAGAGGUGACGGUAGCCAAAGAUCUCCAGUUUGAGGCUGUCAGAUCAGACUCUCAGUACAAACUGACAGUCGUAGCGUACGACUCCUUCCGUCCCCUCACCAAGGCUUCUGCCACUGUCACAAUCUUGGUGACCAGAAAUCCCAGCACCCCUCGAUGGGAUCUGUUGUCUUACAACACUACCAUCAGAGAGGACCACCCGCCAUUCUCCUCUGUAGUUCAAGUGAAUGCUGUUGAUGCAGAUGCUGAGGACAAAAUUACAUAUGAUAUUGUCAAUGAAGUUGACGAAAAAGCCCUGAGCAGUGGUCAAUCUGAGAACUUUUACAUAGACACGGACACCGGUGUCAUCUAUCUGAAGAAAUCCCUAAUGAACACGCCAUUCACCAAAUUUAUUUUGACUGUACAAGCCUGUGAUGAUGGUGUUCCCCAUAAGUGUGCCAACACCACUGUGGCCAUCAACAUCAGUGAAGAUAAAAAUGCACCAGUGUUCCUGAACUCUCCCUACUCUACUACAAUUACUGAGAUUUAUCCAGUAGGACGAAUGGCUAUUGCUGUGACAGCUGUCGAUUCAAACCCACUGUCUUCAAUCCGAUACAUGAUAGAACCUCCUGUGCCUAGAUAUUUUACUAUCAACGAGGCAACUGGUAACAUAACAGUGGCCAAGGAGCUCAACACAUCACUGGAAACCACAUUCCAGUUUAAAGUUUCAACAUAUGACAGUGGAGAGCCACAGUACAAGUCGACAGCAGAUGUCACCAUCUUUGUCAUUCGAAACUUGAAUGCUCCUCGGUUUAUUGAAAACCCAAUCAGUGUGACAGUGGAUCAGAAUGCGAAAUACAAUUUCAUGGUGGCUAAUACCACUGCAGAGGAUGCUGAUGGGGAUAUCCUUCGGUACACUAUGACGGGUAAUCCACUGUCUGAGGUACAGACAUACUUUGGUAUAGAUCCAGACAAUGGAGAUAUUUUCCUCAGAGAGUUACUGACUAACCCUCCCAGGCAAUCUUACCAGUUGUUUGUGUUUGCCAGAGAUCAGCGUCUUGUGAAUGAAAAGACUGGCACAGCCACAGUAAAUGUUUUCAUUGACUUUGAUGAUGCACCACGCUACCUUGAUAAUCUGCCAUACAACGCCAACAUUCAGGAGUCUCGGAGUAUCAAUUCAGUUGUUACUCAGAUGCGCGGUAACGACCCAGAUUUGAAGGGUAAUUUGACAUAUGAAUCCAUUGGAAUGUAUCCAGCAGAAGAUUACUUUAGUGUUGAUCCAUCAUCAGGAACAGUUUCCUUAAUCAGAGACCUGAAAUCAGAUCCAUCAGGAUUGCAGACCUACACUCUAAGGGUUGUGAUAUAUGACUCGAUGUAUCCAAGAUUAAAAGCAACAGGAGACGUAGUGAUCAAUGUGGUCAGGAAUCCAUUUGCCCCGCAGUUCUCUCCCAAUGCAGAUUAUCGUGCCACCGUCCAAGAGAACGUCACUCUGGGAUACCAAGUGCUGGACAUCGAUGCCACUGACUCUGAUAAUGAUCCAGUAACAUUUGAGAUAGUCAAUUCUGCUCCAUCGGGUGGUGAAAAUUUCUUCUAUCUCAAUCCUAACACUGGAGUUUUGACGACCAAAAGGUUGCUGACAAACACACCUGAAACUUUAUAUCAGCUGACAGUCCAGGCUUCUGAUGGCAGAGGGAGAGCAGCCAAUGCCACGGCCAGUAUCACGAUCACUCGUAUCCCGUCAGACCAGAGGCCAGUCUUUAUAUCUACUCCCAAUGCAACCAUCAAUUUUAAACAGCCAGUCAGCAGCUCUGUCAUAACUGUUGCAGCUCAAGAUCCUAAUCCUGUGGGAACUAUAAGGUAUGAACUUGUUGGAAUUUAUCCAGCCCAGGAAUUCUUUGCUGUCAACCCAACCACUGGAUCUGUAACUGUCACACGAGACCUUGCUACUGAUUCCUUUGAAACCAUGCAAUACACACUCCGCCUUGAAGCCUACGAUACAAACAAUCCCAACUUACGAGCUGUCGGUCUUUCCUUCAUCACCGUGAUUAGAAACCCUGCCUCACCUGUAUUUAGUGCCGGUGAUUACAGCCAUGUAGCUGAGGAGACUCUACAAGUGGGAGCCAAGUUGUUUGAUAUCAACGCAACAGAUGCUGAUGGGGACCCUAUUUUCUAUGAUGUUGUACAAGACCAAAAUGGAAUUGCUGCCAGUGAGUUCUUCUUGUUGAAUAGAGACAGUGGACAAUUCUACCUCAUUAAGGAUCUUAGACUCACCACUCAAAAUGCCUUCUCGUUCCGAGUCAGAGCCCGAGACCAGGGACGUCCUGAGAAAUUUGCAACAGCCAAUGUUUUGAUCAGUGUUACCAGAGACAAUGGUCCUCCCACUUUCAUCCAGAGAGAUUAUAUCUUUGAAGUCCCUGAAACAGAGCCAGUGAACAAUAUAAUUCCAUUUGCCUCCAUUCAAGCUCAGGACUUUCCCACCAGGGGAUCUCUGGUUUAUGAGGAAGAAGGAGAUGGACUCGCUAUGUCCUAUUUCGCAUUGGACAGAAACACAGGAGCCAUCAGAGUACAGAAAAGUCUCCUUACCACCAAUGAAUCAUACUUUGAGUUGAAGGCAACAGCUUAUGAUACCUUCUACCCUGACAACAAAGCCAACACUACAGUCAAAAUUACUGUGAGGCGCAAUCAGAAUGAACCUCAGUUCAGCCAGAGUGCAUACAAUACUGAAAUAAAUGAAUACCAUCAAUUUGGUGUUACAGUAUUUACAGUUUCAGCUGCAGAUGCAGACAGAGAUGUUGUGCUGUUUUCCAUUGAACCACCCAAUGACUUCUUCUAUAUUGAGAAAUACAGUGGCAGAAUCUACCUUCGCAGGUCUCCGAGUGAAAAUCCUACAGUGUCAGAAUAUACUUUCCUGGUCUUAGCCAGUGAUCAAAGAAGUCCACCAAGAAUUGCCAAUGCUACAAUGACCAUCAGAAUUAGACGAAACCAACCACCCGUGAUCUUAGAACUACCUUUAGUAAAUUCCCAGUCUGAAAAUACUGCUGUUGAUUCAGUUGUGUACACAGUGAAGGCUACAGAUCCAGAUAUGAGGCCUGGGUCCAGACUUGUGUACACAUUGAUUGGAGAUGGCUCAGGUCCUACAUUCUUUAGUUUGAACAACUUGACUGGAGAAAUCCGCAUGAAGGCAGGAUUUAGGGAUGACUUAGCAUUGCAAUAUGUGUUGCGGAUAUCUGUGUAUGACCAGGAAAUCAUGGAUAUGCGAACCACAAGCACAUUAACUAUCAAUGCUCUGAGAAAUACAAAUCAGCCCCGAUUUAAUCAGCGUUUCUAUGUGUACAACAUCACAGACACAACACGACCAAGUACUGUUGUUGGUCAACCAAACGCCACCGAUUUCGAUGGAGAUAGGUUACAGUACUUUUUGACUGGAGAUGCCACAGCCAGGGAAUACUUCUAUGUGAACAGAGACACUGCUGAGAUCAUUUUAAUCAAGAACUUGGACACAACAACUGUCAAGACAUUCAAUCUACAGUUAAGAGUUGAAGAUGGACGAGUGCCUCUAAAAACAGACACAGUUCAAGUGACCAUCAACGUAGCACGUGAUCUGGAACUACCAAUCUUCAUCAAUGACCCGUAUAACUUUAACACUGAUGAAGAGAGACCUGUAAACCAUACCUUAGGAACUGUUACCGCUAUAGAUCCUGAUUUACGGGGCCGAAUACAGUAUGAAGUUGUUGGAAUUUAUCCAGCACCUUCAUUUUUUGAUGUGGAUAAAGAUUCAGGAGUUAUCAGAAUUAUCCGUGAUCUCAAGGAAGACAAAUCCGCAACUGGAACCUAUGUGCUGAGAAUAUCUGCCUUUGACUCUAGAGAUCCAAGCAAAAACACUUUAACAGAUGUAACAAUAACAGUGGCCAGGAAUGUGAACCCACCUGUGUUUGAUAGAACUACGUAUUCUACCAGAAUCACAGAGUUAUACUCUAUGGGAAUACCAGUUCUUAACAUCACAGCAACAGACCCUGAGGGCACUCAGAUCUCAUACACCCUUGUACGAGAUAACACAGUGGGAGGCAAUGCCUUGGUCUACUUCUACAUUGAUGCAAAUGGAGGCCUGUAUCUUAGAAAACCUUUGACUGCACCCGAUGUACCUGGACAGUUUAAUAUGGUGGUUGCAGCCACUGAUUCAGGAAGACCAUCAAGAACAACGGAGGUCAAUGUUUUCGUUGGUGUGGACAAAAUCAACCCUCCAGUAUUCCUGGGCACCCCUUACACUAGACGGCUGGAGGAGAGGACACUCAAUGGAACCAGUAUCAUCACCGUUAGCACUAGCCCCUCUACCGACAUUGUGUAUGAAAUUGUGGGAGAACCACCAGCUCCAUAUCUAUUCUUUGUGGAACAGAACGGAGACAUUCAUAUCAAAAAGGAUUUGACCACAGACAAAUCAAUGGAAUACAAGAUAAGAGUCCGGGCAUACCAGAGGAACACUCCCUCCAAGUACGCUGAAACAGAUGUGGUUGUCACAAUGCUGAGAAACAGCAAUCCACCAACAUUUACCCCUGACAGCUUCAGCACUUCAGUGAAUUAUGAUGAUCCGGUCGGACAGCGAGUCCUACAAGUUCAGGCUGCAGACAUUGAUCAGGAUGAUCUUCAGUAUAGCAUAAGUGGAGAUACGGAUUGCCAGAACAGUUUCUACAUAAUCAGUGCAACAGGGGAGAUAUUUUUGGGCAAAAAUCUUAAAACCACCAACGAUGUCUUGUUCCAAUGUACUUUGAGUGUGACAGACAAUGGUUAUCCAACUCCCAAAACUGACACAGCUACCCUAGUGAUCAAUGUAGUUAGGGGAACUAAUCCAGUGUUUGGCAACCAGAACCUGAAUGUUAAUACCCGGGAAGAUGUGCCCGUUGGUACUGUUGUAGAAAAUCGUAUUUCUGCCACCAGAACUCCAGCACCUCAGAGUCCCGAUACAUUGGUCUAUGAGAUCAUUGGUGAGUAUCCAGCUCAGAGCUUCUUUGGCAUCGAUCGCCUCACAGGACAAAUCAGUGUUAUUCAGGAUCUCCGCUUGGAUGGAUUGAAGACCACUCAAUACAAAGUUCUGGUAGUGACCUAUGGAACAGACAAGCCAGACCUUAGAAGUACAGCUACAGUGACAAUAGAUGUGCAGAGAAACUUGAAUGGUCCCAGAUUCUUUCCACAGUCAGACUCUAUCGAGCUUCCCGAAACAACAAGUACAGACUUCUGGUCCAUGCCACAAAAUGUUACUGAUCCAGACAGUUCCAAGAUCACUUGCUCCAUCAUUGGAGAUACCAAAUCUGUUGAGUACUUCCAAGUUGAUCCUGAUACAUGUGUUCUCUCCCUGAAAAAGUCUCUUAAAGAUGACCCAGAUCUAACUACAACGUACAAUGUCUUGAUUGAGGCUGUAGAUAAUGGACAACCUCCACAGAGCAACAGAAAGACUGUAACCGUCACUGUUCCGAGGGAUGCAAGCCCACCCAAUUUCCAGAAUCUCCCAGUCACAAUUACCAUUGAUGAAACCAGGCCAAUUGGUGAUUCAGUCUAUAUUGCAUCAGCAACAGACAACUGGAGGGGCAGAGCCCACUACAGCAUUGUGGGUGAUCUCCCAUCACCAAGCUUCUUCCAGAUUGACCCGAAUACUGGAAAUGUAACGCUUAGAAAUUCACCCAAGUCUGAUGGAUUGGAAAGUACUUCCUACAGUGUGAGGAUUAAAGUUAUAGAUGAUGCUUGGCCCAAUAAUCCACAAUAUGGUGUCCUAACUGUUCAAGUGACAAGAAACAGACAAGGCCCACAACUCCAGUCAACAACAUACACCAGAAGGAUCAAGGCCAGUAACCCCGUCGGAUCAAAUAUAGUUACCAUUCAAGCGUCUGAUCCAGAUGGGGACAAGCCUUUGUUUGUGCACCGUGGAACUGAAGAUGAUAAGAAAUACUUCUAUGUGAAUCCUGAAACAGGAGUUGUCAUACAAAUCGGUGAUCUGUCGGAACUACCAGAUAAAACAUUCCAGUUCAAUGUUGAUGUGUCAGACACUCGCCAGCCCAUAAACACUGUAACAGCCACUGUUACCAUCAUUGUCACCUCACUGAAAGGUCCCCCAGUGUUUACCAAAGCCUUCUACAAUGUGAACAUACCAAUUAUAACAGCAGUGAAUAGUUCAGUGGAGACUAUAUCAGCUGUGGACAGUGACUUGGAGGGUCAAGUGGUAUACAAUUUGAAUGGAUUUAAUCCUGGAACAGAUUACUUCUGGAUGCAGCCAUCUGGAUCAUUUGUGACUAUCCGCGUGAAGAAAAGCUUACUGGACAAUCCUGAUGUGACAUCAUAUCUGUUGUUUUUGGAAGCUUACGACAACACGUAUCCAGAUGACAAGUCCUAUGCCUCAGUGACCAUAAACAUCCUGAAGAACACCAAUCCCCCAGUCAUUGUUCCUUCUACACUGAGUGCAACUGUGAACGAUUACGACCCACCAGGAACCUUUGUAGUUGAUGUGAAUGCCACAGACGCCGAUACAACCUUACCAGAGAAGACACUGCUCUACGCCAUUGAGGAUGGAAGAGCUGGCGCCACUGAUUACUUUGUGAUUGAUCCUAUCACUGGUGUGAUAACCAUUGAUACUAGGCUCUCUGAAGACACCGCCAGGCCUCCAGACUAUGUGCUGAGAAUCACUGCCAGGGACACGAGCUCCACCCCACAGACGGCAACAGCCACUGUGACAAUAACGGUCAACAGAAACUCAAGACCUUCCUUUGUUGACCCGGCCAGAUACGUGUUCAGUCCCUCGGAGACAGUCAAUGUGUACGAGUCCCUAUUCCAGGUUUCUGCCACGGACCCAGAUUCAGCAACUCUACUGAAUGGACAACUAGAGUUUUAUUUUGCUGGACCAGAGGAUGCCAGUCGUGUGUUUGGAAUCACCCCAGACACAGGCAGUAUCUAUCCACGUAUCAGUCUGCGAGAUGUCACUCAAGACCAGUGGACAUUUACAGUGGGUGUUAGAGACAAGGGAAUUCCACCACUGUUUGUUGAGACAUCGGUCACUGCCAAUAUUCAGCGAAUCGGAAAGCCAACAUUUGGUUCUACCCGGUAUGACAUCACCGAAUUUGAAAAUGCUCCAGUGGAUAAGUUCCUCACCCAAGUGUUGGCUACUGAUCCUAUGCCAGGUAGUACACUGGUAUAUGAAAUCCGAGGUGAUGGCUUAGCAGAAGAGUACUUCAAAAUUGGAUCUGAUGGAUCAAUCCGAAUUAACAAAUCCCUUCACCUGGAUGACAACAAAACACCAACUUACAGGAUUCGGGUUGUUGCAUACAGACAGUCAGACCCAACCCAGCUGGCUGAAACUUUUGUGUAUGUCUUGGUGAUCAGGAAUCCCAACCAACCACGAUUCAGCCAUGGAAAUCUGCAGAUAACCAUCAAUGAGAACAAAGCUGUGUCAUCCUAUAUCAUUAGCGUCAAUGCUAGUGAUGCAGAUCUGGGAGAGAAUGGAGAGAUUGUGUACUUCUUCAGUGCACAAGAAUCACAGCCUGUUUAUGCAACAAACUACUUCUAUAUCAACCCAACCACUGGUGACAUUACACUCACCUCCAAUCUACGUGGGGACCCCAACACUCCCCAAUAUCAGUUGCGUGUGAUAGCCAGAGACAAGGGGGUCCCAAGUAAGCAGUCUGGUGUCACUGUCACAGUCAUUGUGGAGAGAAACCCCAACCAACCUGCAUUUAUACAAAGAUCAUAUGAAGCUGAUGUCAAUGAGAGCAUUCCUGUUGGAAGCUCAGUUAUCGAGGUGGCUGCCCUAGACCUUGAUGGAGACCCACUUACCUACAGCAUCUCUUACAAUCCCCCAGCUUCUCUGUACUUCAACAUUGAUAGCACCAGUGGUCUUAUCAGGACUGCCACCACCCUGUACCAAGAUGAGGCUGACCGCUAUGUGCUAUUGGUGACAGCUUCGGACGGUACCCUUCAAGGAUCUGCCACAGUCACGGUCCGAGUUCAUCGCAACGUCCACAAACCAGUCUUCUCCAACCCGAACUACAGCGUAACAAUCUCCGAGUAUGAAGGCCUUAACGACAUCAUUCACCGUGUGAUUGCUACAGACAAUGACAACAGAAACAGCAGCAGUGGUGUUCUCAGAUACUCCAUUGUGAGAAGUGUCCCUCUCUCCAGUAGUCCUGUGUUUAUCAUUAGUUCCACCACGGGAGAAAUCCAGCUGGCACAGUCACUCACCAACAACAAGACAGCCAGUCAGUACAAUCUGACAGUUAUGGCCAGGGAUGUUUCCACGAGCCCCAAAAAUGCUACAGCAGUUGUUACCAUCAACAUUGUACGCAACGAGUUCGCUCCAGAGUUUGCAUCACAAACUUACAAUGCAUCAGCUUUCGAUUUAGACCCCUAUGGCAAAAUUGUGCUCAAUGUAUCUGCAGCUGAUGCUGAUAGACUAAAUCCAUACAGUGCUAAUACACCAAAUGCAUUGGUGAGCUAUUCCUUGCCAUCGGAUGCAUUAACAUACAACAGGUAUUUCCAAAUCACACCUACAGGAAACCUGACGGUGAUCCAGCCUCUUCCCUCAGAAACAAAUAUAAUUGCAUUGCCGGUCCGUAUCAGAGCUUGUGAUCUAAGCUGGAAUCAAAAAUGUUCAGAAAUCCGUGUAAAUAUAGCACUAAGUCACCAUGAGACCCAAGCUGGACAACUUGGAUUCUUACAGCCAGUGUAUUACAAAGAGGUAUCAGAAAACCUAGAUUUGAACGAAGUGAUUGUAACAAUGGAUGUGGAAUACCAAGAAGAGAACAGAAUCGUAUGUAACAUUGAGGAUCUGGACCUCUCCAACAAAUUCUCAAUCAUCACAGAUAACCUGCAGAAAAACUGUAAACUGACUCUGUUGCAUCAGCUGGACUACAGUGUACAGAGCAGAUACAAUGUAACAGUGAGCGUUCGCCCAGACACCAUCAAUAACAGGAGGAAGAGGCAAAUAUAUGUCUAUAACACCCACCAGUUGGCAACAGUAAUCAUUCAGGUGAAAGAUGAAAACAACAAUGGACCUCGGUUCAUUUACCCCUUGUAUCCCGUUAACCCCAAUGUACUAAGGAUGUACUUUGGAGCUGUCGCUAAUGACAGUAGACCUGACAAACAGGUUUUGGAGGUUCAGGCUACUGACUUAGAUCUGGGCACCAAUGGUCUUGUAACAUACUCCAUCAAAGACGCAUCAGAAAGCCCUGCAAACACUCCAUUUUCCCUCUCUUCUGAUGAUGGCAUUGUUACUACAAAGAGAGACUUGUCAGCAGAGUUGAACAAGCCAGUGCAAUACCGCUUCAGAGCUGUUGCAUCUGACAACCCAGUUCGCUUCACCGAAAAACAGUCAGAUGAGACCAAUGUUAUUAUAAAUUUGAUUCGUCCAUUUAAUCGAUUUGUGUUGGUCUUCAAAGACAAAAAUCCAGAGGAUCUGUUACCUAAAAGAGAGUUCAUUAGACAAGUUCUUCAAAAUGUGACAAAGCAUGUAGCCAUCAUUGAGACCAUUGAAAGAAAGAGAUAUCUGAAUGAUUUGCAGAACGUCCAGACCGAUGAUGACGAUAUACCAGAUGCUGAUGUGUACUUUGUCCUACAAGAAACUGUAGAACCAUAUCACCUGAUCAACAACACACGACAGGAUGAGCUGUUCCCUGGCGGUGAUCUGGGUGAUCUGAAGAACAAGAUAGGUGGGGACCCUUCACUGGAUGUUAUCACCAUCAGAAAACCAUUUGACAGCGAGGCAAGCCGCAUCUUCCAGCUGAGUAAAUCCUACGUGUGGUGGCUGGAUGACCCAUGGGCAGCCCUGGUGGCUUUGGCAGCCAUUUCUAUCCUCUUAUGUCUCGUUGGACUCAUUGUCAUCAUCUUUACUCACUCAAGGUAUAUGAGAUACGUCGGUGAAUAUGAAACCCAUUUAAGGGCGUUUGAUCAACCUGAAUUUGUGGAGCCACCAAGUUUUCUCAGGGAAUAUGAAACACAGAGUUUAAAUAUGUAUGUCCCAGCACCUGAUGAAGCAGUGCAUGAUUUAGGAGAAAUUAACAUGACGUUUGAGGGAGAAAACGUAACAGCAGAGCAUAUAGGCGGAGAUCAGGGAAUUACGUCCGCCGUCAAUCCUAUCUAUCAGGAAGAUGACCCUCAGAGUCAACCCCCCAGACCAACAGGAUUUACAGAAAGCACAACCAUGCUGUGAAUUCCAUAAACUGUAUAUAAUAAUAAAGACUUGCCAUCAAACAUACUCUAGUUUAGAGCUACGCACUCCAUUCUGAGGCUUCCAGAACUUCACUUUAUGUACCAAAAAGCGACUUUCAUUACAAUCCAUUAUGCCACAGAAGUGACGGAGUGCAAACAAUAGAAUGAAAAGUGACUUCAAGAACAAUGCAAUAAUACUGAAAAUCCAGAAAGUGCCAAGGGAGGAAAGAAUUUCAAAAAAAAAAAACUCUUCAAAAAUGCUUCUAAUGCAUGAUUAUUUCUAUGCAGGUCUGGUUAUACAGUCUAGUUUUAUUGUAAUAGUGCUUCAUUCCAAUUUAUAGGUUGUUAUUUAUUAGAUUUGCUGUUAAUUGUUUAAAUUUUGAUAUCAUACUCCUUGUUUUUUAAGUAUUAUUGAAAGAACAUAUCAAAGAAGAGUGCAAACAUAUCAGACUAGAGUGUUUAACUUUAAGAUAUAUACAUAUAUAGGGUUGUUUUUGACUUCAAAUUUUUGUACAUGUAAUACAUUCCAUGACUCGUACAGUAUGAUGUAAGGCUGUUUAUAAUUUUUAAUGUGAAAUUUGUAAAC